AUGAGUGAUAUCCCGCGACACACAAGGUUGGACCCGUUGUCUCCAGCCGGCCGUGGCAACAGCGAAGCGGAGGCGCCACCAUCAUACGAGGAAGUUGCAGCGGGGGCCAGUAUGGCAGGACAGCAGGCCCCCGCUCCUAGGCAGCAGCAGCAAGAAGAAGAAGCUCCCAGUAUGCGAAAACCACAACCCCCAAGCUCCCCGUCCUCUUCAAGCCCAGUACCAGAAUCGCACCGCCAGUACCAUCAGCACUAUUCGUCCCUUUUUGAAACUCCAGCUUCCCCGGCUAGUAGUAACUCUCAACACUACUCAUCCCUUCUCCCGCCCGUAACAUCCCCUGCCGAGGUCUCGCCGGGAAUUCCCCCGAAUUAUGAUAUCGUGACGUCGAGUAUCCCCGAUCGGUUUGGUCGUCGCCGGGCGCCGGAGGUCUUGCCGGAGGGGGAGAGGGAGAUUGAUAAAGAGAGGGCGAGGAUCCAGGCCGAGAAGGGGCGGAAGAGAUGGGGGAGAACUAAGAGCCCGCCGAAGCAAGAGGGAGUCCCGCUAGAGGAGGUGUGUGAUCGAUUUGGGAAUAGAAAGAGGGACCUCAAACCGCCGAGUACAAGAGAUAUGAUACUGAAUCCACCCAGUAUCAGGAAGGCGCUUAGUAACGUGAGGAUCUCGUAUUAA